UUGGCCUUCUAAAACCGCGAAACACGUCCCGCGUUCUCUCGAGGAAGAGUACCGCGAGGCUCCAAUCCAAGCCACGCUGUUUCUACCGUUUAUCGUAUAUUUGAAUGAAAGAUAAUCCUAGCCGAAUGAAAAUACUGCUGGAGAAGUAGAAGAAAGAAAUCUAAACUUUUGACAUUAUCUCUCGAUUAUGCCUGUGUGAUGCUUGUGUUCUCUACAUGUUACUUUAGUAUCGCGGCCGAAAAGAAUACGUGGUGCCGAAUAUUCUUUCGUCAGUUAGAUUCACGAUAAAUAUGUUGACAAAAUUUAACUAACAAUAAGCUUUAUAAGAUACACAGAAUUAAAUCUUAGCUAAUGUAAAAUACAGCAAUUUCAUUAAGCAUUGUAAUGAUUCGAGGCAUCUCAGCGAGACGAGAUGAGAGGACGUGCGAAGACGAAGAGAGAUCUCGCAAAUGUUUACGCACGGCCGAUACCCUGACGUUUGGUCGUCUGGUGAAAAUUAAGAAGGUCAAAAUCAUCUUGGGCAAUCGCACGUCAGGGUGAGAUUACGGUCGAGAGACCGUAAUACGUCGUAGUAAUACGGCUGCGCACGGUAAAACAUGAAUGACAGCGAGAUCUACUUAUUGAACUGGGAAGAAGAGGCACACGCUUCAUCAAACAACGAUCUUGGCAGGAGCUUUUAUAACGCGAGCUCGCCGCCGUUCAAUCAUACCUAUGAGGAUCUCUGGGGACUCGCUACCGAUCGAAUCGGUCUCGCGAUCGUUCUAUUGCUCUUCUCCGUAGCUACCGUUUUCGGCAACUCGUUAGUGAUCCUCGCGGUAUUUCGAGAGAGGCAUCUGCACACAGCUACGAACUACUUCGUGACUUCAUUGGCUUGCGCCGAUUGCCUGGUAGGACUGGUAGUGAUGCCAAUUAGCGCGGUGUACGAGGUAUUGGAGAACCGUUGGCUGUUUACGACGGACUGGUGCGACGUUUGGCGCUCGCUGGACGUUCUCUUCUCAACCGCGUCCAUCCUGAAUCUGUGCGUUAUCAGCCUGGAUCGCUACUGGGCGAUUACCGAUCCCUUCACGUAUCCGACUCGAAUGAGCAGGAAACGCGCGGCGAUUCUAAUAGCCAUCGUAUGGAUUUGUUCGAGUGCGAUCUCCUUUCCUGCGAUAGCGUGGUGGCGUGCCGUUCGUACUGAGCAAGUGCCGGAAAACAAGUGUCCCUUCACGGAGAAUCUCGGUUACCUGAUAUUCUCGUCGACAAUCAGUUUUUACCUGCCGCUGUUCGUGAUGGUAUUCACGUAUUACAGAAUCUAUCGCGCCGCCGUGAUACAGACGAGGAGUCUCAAACUCGGCACGAAGCAGGUGAUGAUGGCCUCGGGCGAGCUCGAGCUCACGCUCAGGAUACACCGAGGCGGUAUAUCAUCCACCAACACCGACGCCAGGCAUCUUUUUCGUACCGCCUCGAGCACCCCUGAGGAUCUCCAAGAUCUCGAGGAACCAUUAACGGUUCCUCUUCACAACAAUGGUCUCACCAGAGUACCCUCCGUGAGGAUCAACAACAGACAACACAUAGGCAAAAAUUUCUCUCUCUCGCGUAAGCUCGCCAAGUUCGCCAAGGAGAAAAAGGCGGCAAAGACCCUUGGUAUCGUUAUGGGGGUAUUCAUUAUUUGCUGGCUGCCGUUCUUCGUUGUGAAUCUAUGGUCGGGAUUCUGCACGAGGUGCAUAUGGCAGGAAGAAAUCGUAUCUGCGGCCGUCACUUGGCUCGGAUGGAUUAACAGCGGAAUGAAUCCCGUGAUAUACGCUUGCUGGAGCAGAGAUUUUCGUAGAGCUUUCGUCAGAAUUCUAUGCUACUGUUGCCCCAGACGAAUGAAACGGCGGUAUCAACCAGCAUUUAGAUGUAAACCAAGUCAGAAAUUCGCAUCCGGACGGUACUACUCCGCGUAUUCCCUCCAUCAUGUACGGGGAAGUCGAGAAAAUUCCGGCGAGCAAACCUACAUUUAACAACGGAAUAUCAUCGCGAGCUGGUCAUCGAUCGUUGAUCGUGAAAUUCCUCGAGACCUUUUCUUUAUUUCUGUUUAUAUCGCUUUUCCUUCGUCCUUAAUGCACGAUAGAUAAAGCAGUGUGUGUGUAUGUGUGUGUGUGCACAUAUAUAUAGUUUAGCCAUUGAUUUCCAAGUAAUCACGAUCCUCUGUCCGUUUUCCAAGACCCUUAUGUAUCAAAGAUCAACGAACAUCAACGAAUAUCAACGUAUUCCCAUAGAAUAUAAACUCUCGGUAUGUGUUUUUACUUUUACUGGUAAAUGUGACACUUGAUCUUAAAUACGCACUUACACAUGGCACUGUUCACUAUCUAAGAAUGCACUUUCUUGCUAUAGAUACUUUCCUCGUUAUUCAUUUUUGGCAGUUUUCUUGAAAAGUGAUGUCUUAUAGUUCUUAUACUUUUAUUACGUGCGAUUUACAGACUAUUUCUUCCGAGUAAUAAGAUAUACACAAUAUAUGAGCAGUUAUAAUAACAAAACGAUAUUUUCGUGCAUGCAAAUCUCGUAUAUUUAUAUUACGAACGACGUGCCACUAAAAGUACACCUAUGAUCAGAGACUAUAAAGCGCGCUGCUUGAAAGACGUAAAAGUUUGAUGACAUAAAGAACGUAAGUGACUAUAUAUGCAGAUAUUAGAAACGAUAACGGUGCUCAUAAUCCUGUGACGCGCUUUUCGUUCAAACUACUUACUCGAGUGCAAAGAUAUUGCUCAAUUUUCAUAGAUAUUGCUCAAUUGGAGUGCGAACUCCGUGCGUGUGAGAUUUUAGACAUUUUUGUGAAAUAUUUUUUAUUGCCAAAUGUUUGUUAUUUAUAUAACUUAUUAAAUACAUGACAAUUAUAAACUGUACUCGCGUACUCCAGUACUCGUACAUAUAUAAUUACGUAAAAUUCGGGAAAUAUCAGGAAUAUGCCAAAAGACAAGAUAUUACAUCGUGGGUACGAGGCAAAAUUGAUGUAGCUAGGUAUGUCCGCGUUUGAAAAAUCUAAAAUAAACGUGCGACCUCGUGCUAUCUCCAAUAACCUACAUAGAUACUUUUAGUUUCGCGGUCGCGUUACCAGAAGGAGAGUCGUGGACACGGGAUAUAUCGGAUAAAAGUAGAAGAAGACAAAAAUAAGGAGCAUUAUUUGACCUUGGGGAAUUCAAUACCCGAUAGAACAAACGAGAAAACUCUGAUCCGGUCACUAUCCCAUGAGAUGUAGGAUGAGACAGAGGAAGAGACGAAAGACAAAACGAGCGCGCGAAACUUUACUUUUUCGGUGAAUUAUCGCGUAAACCGUAAACUAUAAUACGUAAUACUUACCGACAUCUAUAAAUUUGUCUUUCAAAUCAAUAAUAAAUAAUAUACAAAAAUCUCUUUAACAGAGAUAUUGUGCAAUGUAAUUACAUUGGCGAAAAUAUCGAUAUUAUCGAGCAGUUACGUUAUUAAAUUAUCUUUUGUUUAAAGACGAGAAAAAAGGCGAGAGAAGGCAGGAAAAUAUUAUGUAAACAGGAAUCUGGACAUAUAACAUUUAUCCAUUUUGCCCACUUUAUUCACUUUGUCGCCAACUAUAUAAAUUUGAAACUCGACUCAUCCGCAUUUGCGAUGGCAUUUUUUUCACGGCUGGCCGAAUAUCGAAUGAUUUGCUUUACGGCCAAGAGCUAUCGAAAAACCGUUUAACCACCUAGACCCUCUCCCUAUUCAGCCUGGGGUUGUCUCUUCGACCGCACUAUUCGCACGAUUCGGCGCAAAGCCAUGUGUGCACGGGGUAUGAGCGUGAAGUGUAAAGCUUGUCGCUGAUCCGUGGCGACCUUUAAAGGGAAGCAACGAGCGCGGAGACCGGAGAGAUUGGUUGCGUUUGAGGCGAAGCCGAUGGAUCGAUUGUCCCUAGGACGACGACAGGAGAGGAACUGGGUGUCCCGUUGCGUCGCGUCGCGUCGCGUCGGAUAAAGGUGCUCGUUUUCCGCGGAAAAAAUACACGGAAUUUUUUCAAGAAAAUACCUACGUUAUGCUACCAGCUACCAGCUGCCAUCAGCUAACGCGAUUAUACGAUUUGGAAUUUUUCGCGAUAAAAAAGGAGAGCAGAGAAAAAGCAGACGAAAACAGUGAGACUUGUGCCUUAUACGUCUCCGCGCGUCGUCGCUUUGGCGUCGGUGAGAUACGUCGAGUGUCAACUGUCGAGUCAUCUCACGCGGAGGACAAAUUAAAUUUUUAUACAAAUUUAAGUAUAGUCUAUACCACAUUUAUGUAUCGAUUGCCAUAAUGAUAAUCCACCGCUUUUCAUUUCUCACUACGUGUAAGCACUAAAGCACUCGCCAAUGUAGCGCGGACACGUUAUUAAUUCUCAGAAUAAAAGAUGAAAAAUGUGUACUCUUAAAACAAAGGUAGAAUGUAACGAUAAAAAAAGCACGAACAAUCGGAACAGCCGGACGCAAAAUUCUAUCUGUGUAAAUUCGUUGCUCUGCUAGUUAUCGAAAAUCUAUUUCUGCCCCAAUCGCGAAGGAUACAUAUAUACAUACAUAUUUGUUUCUGGAAAAGAAUGAAGGAGAACACAGCAAGUUUACACGCUAUAAAACGUGUAAAACCUGUUUGGUACUACUUCGACACUUGUUGCGGUGAAUCAUUCUUACAACGAAUGGCAAAACGAACGCAAAAGCAUUAAUCGUAAUUAUUUUGUUUCAGUAUAUCUCCGGAAUGGCAACGGGAGGGCAAGCAAGUAACGUGAGUUACAGCAGCGUCAGUCAGAGCAGCGACGGCGGUAUAUGCGCGACC